AUGGGAGAAAAUUGGAAAACGGUGUUGCAGAAAAGUGAUGAUGAUAUUUAUCAAUUCUUGCCGCUGCAAGUGUUGAUGCUCAAGAACCCACAUGCAUUGACCAUUGUAUUGAACAUCGAUGCGAAGACUCCAGCUGGUGUAAGUUCUUUUGCGUGUACGCUUGUCUUGGAUCAGGGCUGUCAAAGGCUAUUCCAAUGGAAGCACCAGCAGCAGCACCAGAACCAUCAAGAAAGAUUCAAGAUACUUGGUGAAAGAAACAAAAGAGACAAAUCAAGAGCUUCAUUAAGGGCUCAGAGGUCGUAG